GACCACCGGUUUCCCCUUGACAAUCAACAUUCAAGUCGAGGACUUACGCAUACGUUGAGCCAAAACACCAGGCAACCUUGAUGCACUUAAACGCAUAACAUGGUCAACGCGUCGAGUCCGUCCGACGCAGACACGGACGACGAGAUUGUGAUUACCAAAAUCUUAGCCUGGGGUAUCCCUUCAAUUCCGCGAGUGCGAAGGAAGAACGAAGUAAUUGAAAUAUCAGAUGAUGAAGGAGAGAAGGAGCAACAUGCGCCGAAACGCUCGCGCAAAGAAGAUGCGGUCUCCAACAAACGUCAGAAGUCAUCUGUUAACGUCUUGAAAGAUCACCGCGCCGGAACAUCGAGACCUAACUCGCCGAGCAUGAAGGGCGGACCGCCACUCACGUACCAAACGCAGGUAGAAUCACCGCGGCCACAGUCGAUCGCUAGUGGGAGCAAAACGCAUCCAUUCAUCAUAGACGACAGCCCAGACGACCCACGAGAUCAAUCUUCUGAAAAGAAACCGGCUGUCUUCACCAAGCACGGAGAGGACAAACACCUCAUCUCAAGGUUCUGUAAAGGUGUCAAUAACCUCUCGAACCAUAAGCCAGGGCCACAGACUUUGCCUAUCAGCGCGGAGACCAGAAACCAACUCCUCGGAAAAUACUGCAAGCAAGGACGGUGGUAUCGCUCAUUGGACUCAGCGUUCGCGAAUAGUAAUCUUUGGCCGUCAUGCGCCUCGAUCCGAAGCGGUUUCCGAUAUGCAUCUCUAAGUGGCAGCGUACAGCGGCAUAGAUAUAAAGCACCUGGGGCCAUAAAUGCCAUUGCUCAGUCGGGACGGUACUGUGCCAUUGCAAGUGCCACGGUAGACGGGGAUAAUCCUGAUCCAACAUCAGUCGACCCAUACAAUCUCCCUGGAGCAUUGGUUGCUUACAAGAACGGCGAAGGUUUGUUACCAUGCAAGGGGCAUAUGCAUGCGGUGCCAGGAGCCGCCCAGCCAAAGUAUUAUGCACUUACAGAUGUGCAGUUUGAUCCUCUGCAACCAAACAUAUUUGCUUCAUCUGGAUAUGAUUCUACUGUAAGAUUCUGGGCAUGCAAUAAUUUCCUGGAUGAACAAUUGGAAGAUGGCAAAUCUAUUGAGACCCUGGCUUAUCAAGAAGUUCAAUUUAGCUCCAUUCCAGUGAAACUUGGCUAUAAACCUCAAUCAUCCUUGCUGGCUAUUGGUGGAAGCAAUGGUGAACUCUAUUUUGAGGAAGACACCACCAAUUUCACAGUCUCCAUUACAUCUGAUGCAGAAUUGCAUCAGAUUUCAGACUUUGCUUGGGGUACUGGACCUUCCUCAGAGCUUGUCAUUGCAGCUACUUGCACAUCCCUACCUGAAGAUAUUCCAGAGCCUGACACAAGAGGGUUUCACAAGAUAGUGGAUGUUGGAUCUGAGAGAAUUGUUGCCACCCUCAAUGCUAAAGAUGCUGGACAUGCUGUCACUGUUAGUCAUGCUGGAGGCUACUCAUACCUUUAUACCAAGGGUCCUCUUUCUGGCCACACAUUGUGGGUCCAUGACUUGAAGCAGAAGAAUUCUAAGGCAUGUGCAUCUAUUUCCCUAGAUGCACCAAUUACUGCAGAGGUGAACACCAUCACUCUCAGUCCUGAUGAUAUCUUGGUGGCUUUGACUUGGACACACAAUAAAAUUCAUGUCUAUGAUUCAAGAUUUCUGAAAAAUGGUCCCUUGCAUACAUAUACCCAUGGGCCUUCUUUAGCUGCCAAAGAGACUUUUGGAGUUGUUCAGGCUUAUUGGACCACAACUCCAAGUGAAACUCUGGAUCUCAUUUCAGGAGGAGCUGAUGGUUGUAUUCGCAUUUGGGAUGUCAAAAGAGCAUGUGAUGACCCUAAAAAUGGUGAAAUCCUGCUGAAAGCUUUGGAUGACAUUGGCUUUUUCUGUCUUGGUGACAUCUACAAAGAUGAAACCCCAUUUGUUGUGGGAACUUGCCAAGGGGAUGUUCUCAGUUUGGAGUAGAGUGGCACUGGUUACUGCCUAAUAAUACUCAGGACAUUCAACCAUAGGACAGUAUUGUUGCACAUAUCAUAACAUUAUUCAUGAUAGAAUACAGUACAGGAUACUCAGCCAUCAGCUUUCCAUAUAAUGCUGCUGUUUUUCAAUGUCUUCUUUGACUUCCCUUACACUACUGAGACCUGGCAAGACAACCUUCCAAGUACCCUUGUCAGUAAUCACUUUUCGAAUCUACACGCCUAGUCAAUUUG